AUGCCUGCGGUCCUCGCCUUCCAUCUCCUACGGCGUUUCUCGCUUCAGAGGCGAAGCCUCCUAGAGGACCUUUCGCAGUUCGACGUGCGUGCGGCGGAGUGUAGAAGUGAGUUCGACAAAGAGUUCAUCUAUGCGGCAAUCACAGAAUGGUAUGGAACGCCAGAGAAAUUCAGCAGUUACGUGCGGGGACCUCUGCGUGAGGAGCUGAUUUUUAGUAUUCAUCAGAGUAGUGCUCCUGUGGCCUACACUUUGCUCGUCACGACACCGCUUGUUGGGGCGGGGCUCGAGAAUUGCCUCGGAAUGUGGAAAGGAGGUGCCCCCGAGAUUAGCUUGGUAACACAGCUGGUGGGAAAUGUUAUCACGCUGGACAUCGUUUGGUAUCUAAUCGCUGUUCAGGUUGGCAUGUUCUUGUGCGACUACUUUACGCCUAAAGGGCGAGGAUGCCGUGAGUACAUGAAAACAUUGCUGAUUUGCCUCACAUUUGGACUCGUUAUCGUCAUUGGCGAAGCCAUCUCCAGCGAAGCAUGCAGUGGUGGGCUCGUCCCCGCGAUGGUCUUUUUGGGUUUCACCACGCUGCCGAUCUGUUGUGCUGUCUACUUCGCGAAGCGGCUCCUGCGGUACAGAGCAGGCGCAACGUCGGAGUCCGAUCCAGCAGUGUUCCUGGUCGGACAGCGCUUCACCAUUGCAGAUGCCUCCCUGAGUGUCGCCCUGCAUCACCUGCAAAAACAGGGUUUGGCUACCACGCUUCCGCGUGCAACGAAGCGAUGGUUGGGCACCUGCAUGGCCCACGAGGCCUUCGCCGCCGUCCUCAAGGAUGCAAAGUGCGCAGCGGGCGCAAAGCCCUUGGCAGCUGCGCCGGUGGCAUCCAUGUCCACCUCAGCACCGAGCGUGCCCAAGGCACCGGCUGCAGACCAGCCCUUCCUGGACCGCUACAGCAGCGCCGUUGGUGGCCGCUCUGAGAUCAAGCGGAUCGUGGCAACUGAAGACAAAGGCGCGAGCCUGGUUGGCCAGAAGGUCUCCGUGUGUGGCUGGGUGAAGACAGCCAGAGAGGCGGACAAGGGAAAGAUCAUGUUUGUCCAGCUCAACGAUGGCUCCACACCUUUGGAUAUCCAGGUGGUCAUCGACUCAGCGGCCAAGGGCUUCGACAGCCUCAAGGGCAAAGUGGGGACCGGGGCAUCGAUGAAGUGCACAGGGGAGGUUGUGGCCUCACCUGGUGGAAAACAAGCAGUGGAGGUCUUGGUAAAGGGAGAGGGAAGUGAAGUUAUCCUCUUCGGCGGUGUGGAUGCAAAGGAAUAUCCGCUCUCGAAGAAGGGACACAGCCAUGAGUUUUUGCGAUCCAUCGCGCAUCUGCGACCACGGUCGAAUUUGAUCGGCUGCGUCGCGCGAGUGCGUAGUGCUCUGGCACAUGCCACCCACGAAUUUUUCAGGUCAAACGGCUUUCUCUACGUUCACACUCCACUGAUCACGGCAGCAGAUUGUGAGGGAGCAGGUGAGAUGUUCCAGGUGACCACCAUGAUGGCUGAAGCCGAGAAGCAAGGGAAGCAGCUUCCGAUGGUCAAUGGCAAGUUUGACUACACGAAAGACUUCUUCCAAAAACCUGCGUUUCUCACAGUGAGUGGGCAGCUGUCUGUGGAAAACUACUGCUGCUCCUUGUCCAAGGUCUACACCUUCGGGCCGACCUUUCGGGCCGAGAACUCCCACACGUCCCGGCACCUAGCCGAGUUCUGGAUGAUUGAGCCGGAGCUUGCCUUUGCCGACAUUCAUGAUGACAUGAACGUGGCAGAGGACUACCUGAAAUACUGCGUCAGUUUUGUGAUGCAGAACAACAGACAGGAUCUGGAGUUUUUUGAGGACAAGAUCGAGAAAGGGCUGAUAAAGAGAUUGGAGAACUUGCUUGCCGAACCCUUUGCCCGGGUCACCUACACGGAGGCGAUCGACAUUCUCAUCAAAGAGUCCCCGAAGGCCAAAUUUCAGGUGCCUGUGGAGUGGGGGAUGGACCUCGGCUCUGAGCAUGAACGGCAUUUGGCAGAGAAGGUCUUCAAGAAGCCCACAGCAGUGUACAACUACCCGAAGGACAUAAAGGCCUUUUACAUGAGGCUCAACGAGGAUAACAAGACUGUCGCAGCCAUGGAUGUCCUCGCGCCAGCGAUAGGGGAGGUCAUUGGAGGCUCCCAGCGCGAAGAGAGGCUGGAUGUGUUGGACCGACGCAUUACGGAAAUGGAUCUCAACCCACAGGAUUACUGGUGGUACAGAGAUCUGAGACGUUAUGGCUCUGUGCCGCACGCUGGCUUUGGCCUGGGCUUCGAACGACUGAUCAUGCUGACGACUGGCGUUGAAAACAUCCGCGACGUCAUUCCUUACCCACGGUACCCUGGACAUGCAGAAUUCUGA